CGCUCUCUCUCUCUCUCUCUCUCUCUCUCUCUCUCUCUCUCUCUCUCUCUCUCUCUCUCUCUCUCUCUGGCUGGCUCUCCCGGUCUCAUCGCGGGGGGCUGGCGUGUGAUCUGAUCUCCGACCUGUCCUCGCGACUCACCGGGAGGGGGGACACGACACAAUCACCACCCAACACGCGCUCGACUGGGGCCAGGCUGUGCGAGUCACGGAUCGCUCCCGAGUCGCCCCGCGCGCUCGCCCUUGGGCUUGCGCCCAUGGAGGGGGACGUCAUGGACAAACUGGGGGACAUGGCCUCGGUGUAUGAGUUCGACCCGAUCACCGGGAACAUCCCCGCUACUAAAGUAGAGAUCACCGUCUCAUGCAGGAAUCUACUAGAUAAAGACACAUUCUCCAAAUCUGACCCAUUGUGUGUGCUCUACACCCAAGGAGUGGAGACCAAGCAGUGGAGAGAGUUUGGGAGAACAGAGGUGAUUGACAACACUCUAAACCCAGACUUUGUCAGGAAGUACAUCCUGGACUAUUUCUUUGAGGAGAAGCAGAAUCUACGCUUUGACUUAUAUGAUGUGGACUCUAAAAGCCCAGACCUGUCCAAACACGACUUCUUGGGUCAAGUGUUCUGUACCCUGGGGGAGAUCGUGGGGUCACCUGCCAGUAGACUGGAGAAACCACUGGGGGGGAUAGCUGGGAAGAAAUGUGGCACCAUAAUUCUAUCUGCAGAGGAGCUGGGAAACUGUAGAGACAGUGCAACGAUGCAGUUCUGUGCCAACAAACUGGACAAGAAGGACUUCUUUGGCAAGUCAGAUCCUUUCAUGGUGUUCUACAGGAGCAACGAAGAUGGAACGUUUACUAUCUGCCAUAAGACAGAGGUGGUGAAAAAUACGUUGAAUCCAGUUUGGCAGUCAUUCACCAUUCCAGUCAGAGCACUCUGCAAUGGGGACUUUGACAGAACGAUCAAGAUAGAGGUGUACGACUGGGACCGAGAUGGCAGCCAUGACUUCAUAGGCGAGUUCACCACUAGUUACCGGGAGCUGGCUCGAGGCCAGAGCCAGUUCAAUGUCUAUGAGGUGGUGAAUAUCAAAAAGAAAAUGAAGAAAAAGAAAUAUGGGAAUUCUGGAACGGUGACCCUCCUCUCCUUUUCAGUGGAAUCCGAGUGCACCUUCCUGGAUUACAUCAAAGGAGGGACCCAGAUCAAUUUCACUGUGGCCAUCGAUUUCACUGCGUCUAAUGGUAACCCAUCCCAGUCCACUUCUCUACACUAUAUGAACCCAUACCAGAUGAAUGCCUACGCCAUGGCCUUGAAGGCUGUAGGGGAGAUCAUCCAGGACUACGACAGUGAUAAGAUGUUCCCUGCCUUGGGCUUCGGAGCCAAGCUGCCCCCGGAUGGACGGGUCUCACACGAGUUCCCACUGAACGGUAACAUAGAGAACCCCUACUGUAACGGUAUAGAUGGCAUCCUGGAGGCCUAUCACGAGAGUCUGAAGACUGUUCAGCUCUAUGGACCAACCAACUUCGCCCCCGUAGUCAACCACGUGGCCAGUUAUGCUGCAGCGGUUCAGGACGGGUCCCAGUACUUCGUCCUCCUCAUCAUCACAGAUGGAGUCAUAUCAGACAUGGCUCAGACCAAGGAGGCCAUCGUCAAUGGGGCUAAACUGCCCAUGUCCAUCAUUAUCGUGGGAGUGGGACAGGCUGAGUUUGACGCCAUGGUGGAGUUGGACGGUGAUGACAUCAGAAUUUCAUCCAGAGGGAAGCUUGCAGAGAGAGAUAUUGUCCAGUUUGUCCCAUUUAGAGACUACAUGGACCGAACAGGAAAUCACGUGUUGAGUAUGGCCCGGUUAGCCAAGGAUGUCCUGGCUGAGAUCCCUGAUCAGUUAAUCUCCUAUAUGAAGAGUAGGGGCGUCAAACCCAACCCCACACCGCCUCCCUACACACCCCCUGGACACACACACCACACACAGAUCUGAGCCCACCACACAAACCUUUACACUGAGUACUGACGAGAGACAGAGUCAAAGAUUUGCAGACCCUGGGAACUCUCUACUUCCUGAUUGGAAUGUUGGGACGGGAAGUGAUGUAAUAGGAAGUUGCUGAAGCAAUAGGUGUUUGUGUCAGGACUCUCCCAGACAGGUGACUCUCUGGAGAAGACAACAGCGUUUCUGUUCAUUGUGAUUCUAUCUAUUCUGUCUGUUUCUCUGCGAAAGAGAGACGGCAAUGGACAGACCAUACAAGAACUUGUCUUUUUAUCAACAUACAUGGGCCAGUGACUGUUUCUUCUUGUCUUGUUUGAGAGCGGGUGGGUGAAGGGGUCAUGUGGGGUCAUAUUGUGGUUGAAACUUGUGCCUGUCUGUGAUCUGGUUGUCUAACUGUAAUGGGACAAGUGGAACUCUCAUCUGAACUCUGAUCUUUGACUUUUGACCUAGCUCGCCAUUGGUGUAUUAGAGUGUGUGAUAAGGUGAUGUUUUUGGAUACUUUUCAUUCAUUUUUGUUUUGUUUUGUUUUGGGCCUAAGACACAUUCCCAUAUUAAUUUGUAGCUUUAUGAUUUAAGGUUGAAAAAAAGAAAAGUGUAUUCACCUUGUGAGUUUAAUUUUUAGUCAUUGAGUGUCUUUGCUCUUUGUACUCCCAUAAGUUGUGGACUCUUCUUUUGCUUUCUAUUUUAAAGCAUGUUCGUAUAUAGGAUGGAAUUCCCCAUAUGUCUGUAUUUAUAAUGUAUCAAAAGUGGCAUGGAUAUAUAAGGAUAUAUAAUUAAUAUGUGACCAUCCAGUUUGAAUUUCUCAAUUACAAACAAGGAUAGUUUAACAAUAUGGAGAAGCACAAGGGAGAGCUCAUCAUAGCUCUCUAAACCACUUAACCACCACCACAGGAAUGUAACUAUGCACAUCAGCGUUUGGACACACUAGAACCUGUCUGUGACAUACAUACAUACAUCAGAAGUAUUGCUUUAUUUUUUUCAAGGGUUCUGAUAGUUUACCGUGUCCUAUAUUUCAUCAGUCAAAGAGUGAAAAUAUAUACAACUCUUUCAACUACUAUUUUCUUCUCUCUCUCUCUUUCCAUCUCCCCAAUUCCCAUAGUGAAUGGAUUUUUGUUUAUUGACAUUAAACUGCUGGAUAAAGACAGCAAAUGUAUUCACUUGAAUCACAUUGAAUUCCAUUGAAACCUUUUCCUAACCAACAAUAACUCGCCCACCAGUCCUUUACCGUCCGCCCCUCUCUCUCCCUGGUCACCCAACAGCUUCUCUGCUCCCUGAGAAUAAGCCAUUAUUGUGUUAUAAUCAGAUGAAGCCAGGCUGAAAUUAAAUCAAGCUGAGGAGUAUAGACAGUCUGGACACCUGCUGCACGGUGCACACAUAGACAGACAGAGGGACAGAUCUCCUCAGCUAGCUAAAUACUCUGUAGGCCUUAACGUACUGUAGACAGCAUUCCAACCAAGCCUGAUAAACAACUAAGGUUGAACAAUUCUAAUUACCUUUUACAAAAUGUUCAGGUUUUCCAGAAAUCCUGCUUUGAAAAUCCCUGGAAUCACAAGGAACAUUCCUUGAAAACCUAGGACUUUUUGCAAAGUUACUGGAGUUUUGCAACCCUAUUCACAGCUCUCUUCUCUUGGAGUCAUAAUCGCUAAGAGUACUGUAUGUUUUGGAAAUGGCUAAACCUGGUUCUGUACAAGUGUUGUGUAUAAUAUAUGGGGAUAAAGACAAAUGGUAUAUCUGAUAUCUAUACAGUUAAUUAUAUGGGUUGUUUUUUUCUUACUAAGUGGUGUGGACCUAGAGUAUCAGGAGUGAGUGUGUGUGUUCAAUAAUAAGAGUGGUUUACAACAGUACAUAUUCCUACUGAUACAUUUUAAGGAAAGCACUUUAUUCUAUUCCUUAACAGGUGUACUGGUACUUCGACAGUAUGUUUAUUUAUACAUUUUUAGAGAUAGUGAUGAUCUUAUUGAUAUAUUAUAUGAUUCAAUUAAUUUUUUCUGGAAUUUGUAUGAUAAAAAGCCAUUUAUUCUGCCGACAACGCCACAAUAAUAGAAGUAGACUUGCACACUGACUUCAAUGGGGAUGUUAUUCAUUCUAGUAAUUCUAUUUCUAUGGCUAUGCUAUAAAAACAGUAUUUUUUAAUGUUUAACUAGGCAAGUCAGUUAAGAAUUCUUAUUUUCAAUGAUGGCCUAGGAACAGUGGGUUAACUGCUUUGUUCAGGGACAGAACAACAGAUUUGUGCUAGGGGAUUUGAACUUGCAACCUUUCGGUUACUAGUCCAAUGCUCUAACCACUAGACUACGCUGCCAAGUCCUCAAUCUCGCCUCAAUCGACCCCUGUAGGAUUGCCAGAUUGUGAACAAGAUCCAUCCACUCACCUGGGAUGGAAAGACAGUGUUUUAUAUUUUGUGCCAACUAUCUGUAACACUAGCCCCAUUUACUACUGGUUCUAGCUUGCGUCCUUGUCCUGAUCUUAUCCACAUUCUGAAUGUCUACACCGGUCAAAAAAUGCGCAAUCAAAAGACACAUUGUGAUCUGAUUGGGAUCUGAUCAUUCUGCCCACCCCUGGAGGUAGUCAGACACACAUUGUGUCUGGAUAUCUUACAGGUGUAGACAGAUCUGGAUAGAGAAACCAUUUAAAUCAUCAUUAUUCAGCCAUCUAAAAUCAUUGAAAAGUGGCACCAAUAUCCAAGUACAUCAAUAUGUGUCUUACAAUAAAUAAAUCUUAUUUUGAAUGAAUAGCUGUGAAGCUAUUUGCAUAAAGGAAGUGCCAGGAAAUCUGAUCGCAAUGCAGAUGGAUAUCAGACACGUUUUAAGCACAUUUUUGUGUAGAUACAUUUCUGGAAAUGUGGGCACAAUCAGAAUGUAGACAAGAUCAGGACAAAGGAUCCAUAUUAGCACCAGGUAUAAAUGGGAAUAUAGACACCAUUUCAUCUGGAUUAAUGGCCACAAAUUCAGUGGGCUGUCUGCUUUCUCUUCUCUCUCUCUCAUGCCUGGCCAUUUCUGUUGUUGCCAUGAGAUCUCUUGACAGGAGGAGAGAUCACACAUGGGAAAACUGUAACCGACCAGCAUGUUGCAACAAUUAAUUGUUCAUUAUUUUUUAUUAACACCAUUUUUUGUGAUCCUCCUCUUUUCACCUUUGUUGUUUAUCCCUCUGGGUUUCUCAUGUGCAUGGUUCCCCCUUUUUAUUUGAAACUUUUUUGUUGUUGUUGUAUAUGAUCGUUGUCAUACGGUGGGUUGUGAAAUGCUUUGUAUUGGAUUGCCUUAAAUGAAAAUGAAUUAAAAAAACAAAUGACUACUUUUAUAAAAAUUGUUGCAGAGUUGUACUUUGAUGUCCCAAUUAGUUAGUUCAAUAAAGUUCAACCUGGAUUGUACUGUGUGUAGAACAAACCUUUUGCCACACACUAACAAUAUACUGUAGUCCUUCCUGCAACAAAUUGUGAAAUAAAUGGUUUGUGAUUUUUUUUUUAUCAAGCUAAUGUUAGCCUAUGGUCAGCUGAGAAGUUACUUUGUCUUGAUGCCAAAUCUCCCAUCGACAAACAGGACACUAAAGGCCUAAAGGGGUCAUUCCUCAGUGUCCUCUAAAAAAGGCCUCAUUGACACUAACGCCAGAGUCCAGUGAUCGACUUCCCCGGCCUGAACCAGCUGACACCCCCCAAUGUACAU